AUGCUCAGAGUGCGAAUAAAUAACUCAGCUGGUUUUAAGAUACGUAGCGGAUUAAAACAAGGAGAUGCCUUGUCGACUAUACUCUUUAAUAUCGUCCUAGAAAACGCUAAGAGGUCAACAGAAAUUAAAACAGAACUCCUGGUUGGAUUGUUAGCAUAUGCGAAUGAUAUUGACUUCAUUGAGGACUCCACACCAACAGCAAAAGGUAUCUUUAAUCACAUAGACAAAGCUACAAGAGAAGUAGGACUCAAUAUCAACGAGGAAAAGACAAAAAUGUUGUGCCUAAACAGACAGGGGUUCGCCCAAAAGCAUCUGAAGCACCUCAAGGCCGAGAGUCUACACAAGGUCGCUUAUGGAUGCGAGGCAUGGACAAUGACUAAGGCUGAUGAAGAAAAACUUAAGCGUGUUAAAAGAAAAAUUCUUAGAAACAUUUUUGGUACUGACCACGACCCUAAGAACAUCAGGACAAAGGCGGAGAUUAGUCAAUUGUCAAAGAAAUUCAUCAUCAGUCAAGAAAAAAUCGAAGCAGAUCUCACUAAAAUGAAUACCCAUCUGGACACGAAUCUUCUGGAAGAUCGGGAUGCCUGGGGAGCAUAG